UUUACCGUUGUCUGAGAAUAUUUCAGAGGGUUUACCCCGUCUAGACAUAAAGCGUUUUAAUGCUAAUAUAUAUGCAUCAGUUGUCAAAGCAGUCACCAACUCCAAGUGAACUGCACGCGUAGAGAAACAUAUAAAUAAACAAAUUGUUCAGUGUAUGUCAGACUGUCGAGCAGUUAGUUGACGCUUAAAUUGAUAGAUGGCGCUGUACAUUUUUUUUUAAAUCGUGAAUGGCGGUGUUAAGAUUUUCCGCCGUUUAAUGACCCGAAUACGAUUUUGAUAACUAAUAAACUUUUCGUUGACAUACUUGAGAGUGUUAUUCAACCCUUUCUUGGUUAGCUAGAUCAUCCCAAAUACAUUUGGUCCGUCGAGUCGAAUUGAAUAUUCGAAUUAGCUUAGGGAGUACUGGUGCGGUGGAGUUUUUGCCUUAGUACACCGCGGCAGUUGUUAGGGAACACUGAAGGGGUUGUGGUUCGCAACUCAGGUGUUGGAAGUGGUUUCCUGAGGAAGGAGAUACCAUCGGCCCUGAGAAGAGGAAGCACUGUCAAGCAGAGCAUCGUCAUCAGCAGAGCAUCGUGACGUCAGUGUUGGUGUGCAUCAAGACGUCAGUGUUGGUGUGCAUCGUGACUUCAGUGGCGGCGUACGUCGUGACGUGUCCGCAGAUCAGGUGUUUGUGUGAGUGACGAAGAUAAACUGUGAGUACAUUUUGUGUUACACUUGUAGCAGUGAAGAAAUAGUUCAAAUAGUUCAAAUACUUUGCAAAAUUCCGCACAUUCCAUUAACUUAGUCGUUUACUACAUGAAUGUGGGACUUAGAAAAAUUAGUGCAUUAAAUUUAAGGACUUAGAAUAAUAAGCGAAAAAACGAGGGAACGUGGAAUCUAUGCCCGAUUUCGCUCAGAGUUCAAACAUUGUCAAACACUUGUAAAAUUUUCAAGAUUUUACUGUAUAGAGUACACGUGUUGCAAAUUAUACUAAGUCAAUUUUUAAUUCAAACAUGGAAAAAUACGCCAAUUUACAAAGCAAUUUAAAUUCUAUUAUUGAAAAGUCAAGAUGUAAUUUUAAGAAGACUCCUAAGGAUCGUCUCUGUUAUCAGUACAUUGAUGCGAGAUUAGAGAAAUUAGAAAAAGAUUGGCAAGCGUUUUGUAAAAACCAUUAUGAAAUCUUGGAACUGGAUAGUGCAACUGUUACAUCUUUAGAAUGUAUUGUGAGUGAGGUUUACGAGGCAACAGAAGAAAUUUAUAUUAAUUAUAAGUCUGAACUUAAGAUCGCAUUAAGUAAAUAUCCCGCUCCACGCAGUGACACUCCAGUCUGUAAGAACACCCAAGAUAAUUCUGUACCUAUGUCAUCUAAUUCUUCUGUAAGAUUACCAAAAAUAACGAUACCUUCUUUCUCCGGGAAAUAUUCGGAAUGGACAUCUUUUCGUGAUUUAUUUAUUUCCUUAGUGCACAGUAACCAAUCUUUAGAUUCAGUACAAAAAUUACAUUAUUUAAAGGCUCAUCUUACAGGAGAAGCAGAACAAUUGAUUAAGUUUGUACCUAUAGCAGCAGCUAAUUAUAAUCAGUGUUGGACGCAGUUAGAGUCGAGAUAUAAUAACAAACGAUAUUUGUCGAACUGUAUUUUGAAAAGACUAUUUAGUCAACGUAAUUCGAAUGUUGAGUCAGCUUCAACAUUGAAGGAGUUGUUGGACACGACAACAGAGUGCUUGCAUGCAUUGAAAAAUUUAGAAAUUGAUGUGAGCUCAUGGGAUAUUAUUAUAAUUCACAUUGUUACUUAUAAAUUAGAUCCAGAUACGAGGAAGCAAUGGGAGCUACAUGUCACAAGUGAUCACUCGAACGAGUUACCAACCUUUGAUCAGUUUUCUAAAUUCUUAGAAAGUCGUUUUCGAGCAUUAGAGUUCAUUGAGCCUAAAUCAAAAUCAGUUCCUUCAACUACGUCACAAACAAAAGGUCAUUUUAAUAAGCCAAAGGUGUUUCAUGUUUCAAAUCAAGCUAUCACUUGUGAAUAUUGUUCAGAUUAUCACAAACUUUGCUUUUGUAAAAAGUUUGCAAAAAUUGAUUAUGAUCAAAAGCAUGACUUUGUUAUGAAAAACCACAUUUGUUUUAACUGCUUGGGUAGUAAUCAUUCGGUAAAACAGUGCCAAAAAACCAUGAAUUGUCGUCUUUGUAAUCGUCGUCAUCACUCACUUCUGCACCCAAACAACAGCUCAGCAACUACUGUUGCACAAAAUAAUAGCAAUGAUCAGGUCACAAAGGUCAACCCGUCUCCACCAGUGGCGGGAUCGUCAUCAAAGGACACUUCACCAAUUGUCUCAUGUUUUUCGUCAGGAAAUUGUAGUCAAGUAUUGUUAGCCACCGCGCUUGUCAAUGCUGAGUCGAAAUUUGGAGGCAAACAGGUCAUCAGAGCUUUGAUUGAUCAAGGCUCACAGGCUUCCUUUAUAACGGAGGCCACAGUACAAACGUUGGGCCUAAAAAAGGUUCACGCAAAUAGUUCUAUUUCAGGUGUUGGUUCAGAUAGCACAGUCACCUCAAGGUCAGUAGUGUCUCUGAAGAUUCAAUCGAGAGUUGAUCCGUCUUUUGAAAUUAUAGUCAGAGCGUAUGUACUGAAAUCGAUAACCACUCUUCUCCCACGUAUGAAAAUAAGUGAGUUGCAAGAGUUGGAUUUGCAUACGAUUACACUAGCUGAUCCCCAGUACAAUAGACCUAAUAAAAUUCACAUUUUAUUAGGUGCUGAAAUUUACUGUCAGAUCAUACAACAAGGACUUUUGAAGGGAGUUAGCGGCACUCCAGUAGCUCAAUGCACCUCUCUCGGCUGGAUACUGUCGGGAUUGGUAUCUAAUAAACAAACUGAUAAUACAGAAAAUAAGCUUGUAGUUAUGAAUGCUACUGUUAAUGAAGACGAAGUUCUGAAAAGGUUUUGGGAAUUGGAGUCUGAUUAUUCUUCAAUUUCACAAAAAAUGUUAACUGAAGAACAACAGAAAUGUGAAGAAUAUUUUAAUAGUACAACGCGUAGAGCACCUGAUGGGCGUUACGUGGUCCGAUUACCUUUUCGCGAAGCUGAUCCUGCGUGUAAAUAUGGUAGAUCUAGGGAGAUAGCUGAAAAUAGAUUAAAAUCGUUAGAAAGAAAGUUACAUAAAAAUGAAGAAAUGAAGAAAAGAUAUACAGAUGUUAUAAAAGAGUACUUACAUUUAGGUCACAUGAUUCCUGUUCCAGAGAAUGAUGAUAAGCAGUCUGAAUCUGUUUACCUUCCCCAUCAUGCGGUCAUACGAGAGGACAAGUCCACCACAAAGGUGAGAGUCGUCUUUGAUGCGUCGUGUAAAGGUUUAAAUGGCGUAUCAUUGAACGACACAUUAUUGAUUGGUCCACAGUUACAACCUGAAUUGCGACAUCUAAUUAUACGAUGGAGAAUACAUCCUAUUUGCUUAGCGGCUGAUAUCAUAAAAAUGUAUCGACAAGUGCGAGUCCAUGAUGAUGAUACAGUGUUUCAGCGAAUAUUAUGGAGAGAUAAGCCGGAAGAUUCGGUGCAAGAAUACCAGCUCCUCACUGUCACAUUUGGAACAGCUUCAGCCCCAUAUUUAGCAGUCAAAGCACUGCAGCAGGUGGCACUUGAUGAAGGAGAUAACUAUCCAGAAGCUGCAAAAAAAAUCCUUGAAGACUUUUAUAUGGAUGACCUUAUGAGUGGUUGCGAAACGGUAGAAGAUGGUAUUAAGUUAUUUAAAGAAAUAAACAUGUUGCUAAACAAAGGUGGAUUCAAAUUGCAGAAAUGGACUAGUAAUGAUGAAAGGAUAAUAAAAGAAAUUAAUUUAGAAAAUAAAGAACAAGAUUUAGAACAAAAUUUGGAAAUUAAACUAGACUAUAUAAUGAAGAUUUUAGGACUUACCUGGAACCGUAGAGACGAUAUCUUUCAAUACUCGGUGAAGCUUACGAAGACCACUGGACCUGAAACAAAAAGAUCAGUAAUUUCUAAUAUAUCACGGUUGUUUGAUCCAUUGGGUUGGUUAGCACCGGCGUUGAUUACAGCAAAGGUAUUUAUCCAAAAGCUGUGGUUAGCGGGAAUAAGCUGGGAUGAAGAAAUUCCAAACCAAUUAUUAGAUGAAUGGCAUACUUACUGUAAUGAGCUGUCCCAACUUACGGAGUUCAAAAUUCCUAGAUGGCUAGGAACAAAGGCGAGUGAUAUCACAGUAGACUUAUACGGCUUUUCCGAUGCUUCGAAGGUGGCAUAUUCGGCAGCAGUUUAUUUACGUAGAGUGGAUGUCAAUGGUAACGUGCUCGUUUCACUAGUAGCGGCUAAAACACGAGUCGCACCUAUAAAACAAAUAAGCAUACCGCGCCUGGAGUUGUGUGGCGCAGUAUUAGUGACACGUUUGCUGGUUGAGAUGGCAGAAGUUUUGAAUAUCCCAAAGGCUAACUUGCGGGCAUGGACAGAUUCAACGGUCGUUCUUGCGUGGUUGAACAAACAUCCUAGUUAUUGGAAAACCUUCAUAGCUAACAGAGUUUCUGAAAUUCUUACAACAUUAGACGCAUCUCAAUGGGCACACAUACCUUCAAGUCAGAAUCCUGCAGAUUGCGCCUCCAGAGGUAUAAGACCUGUAGAACUUGUAGAUAAU